AUGAACGCAGUAUAUCUCCUAAUCUCCAUACUGACGAUCAAACUUGUUGAAAAUAUACACACGAGAGUAGUAAGAAACUUUUUAAACUGUCCCAUCCAGAUAAACAAACACAAAACCAUAAAAGUGCAAAGAUAUUGUAGAAGAAUAAAGCAAAGGAGUAACAAACUCUUCUUGUCUUUGUUUGAUGAGUACGAUGAAAAGUGCAUAAAGGCACUAAUUAUGGCCAGGGAAGUUGCAAAAAAUGAUCAUGAGAAAGAGAUUUUAUUGAAACAUUUGCUAAUCUCUAUUAUCAGAAUAGACUGUAAUUUAAUAGAACACAUUUUAAAAUUUUUUAAUGUCUCGCUAACGACAUUUUUAGAUAAAUUUAAUAUGGAAAUAAAUAAAACAGAAGAAGAUAAUGCUGGAAGUAGUGGCAAUGAUGAUGAUGAAAAUACCUCGGAGAAUCAAGACAACAAAAAUAGUUUAACAAGAAAAACAUCUCAUCAAUGUAGUGGACAUGAUCAAGUGAUAUCAAAAAAUCUUUUUCUUCCUUCUAACGAUACGAAUGAAGCAAACUUGAGAAAAGGAGAAACAGGACAUUUAGCUUAUGAUCAAGAUGAUGAUCAGAAAGUAGUGGAAAAUUUUAUCGAUAAACAUAUACAAGAUAUAGAGGAUAAAAUUAAUCAAUUGAAAAAUUUGGAGAAUGAAAGUAGUGACAUUUCAACAACUGAUGAUGUUAAAACUGAUAAGUCUCUUGAUCAAUUUAACGAAAGUGAUAACACAACAACUGAUAACAUCAUUCUUCAAGCAGCAAAUCGAGUUAUAGGUAGCCAUGGGAAUGAUCAAGAUUCCAUCGAUGAAAAAAUAAUCAAGUUGGAAAAGACAGAUUCAGAUGAAUUAUCUAGCGAAAAUUCAGAAAUAAGGUUUUCGCAGAACUGCAAACGGGUUCUUCAAAAUGCAGUGCUAGAAGCAAGGAGGAAAAAAAAAAUGUUCGUUAAUGUUACGGAUAUACUUAUCGCUCUUAUAAACAUGGCUGAAGAAAAUAAUAAUUGUGCAUUUUUAAAAUACCUAAAUGAGCUAAACAUAAGUGUAAAUAACUUGAAAAGCCAGAUAAUGAGCUACGAUGAGAGGAAUUCUUCCAUAUCAUCUAUAAAUAUGAAAAGAGAUACCACAGAUUGUAGCAAUGCACAUCUCAAUGUUCAUGAUACUUACAACGAAAGAAACAAUUACCAAAGUGAACAAAAUCACAACAUGAUGGAGAAAAACGGAGAAGAUCAAAGAAUGAGGAAUUCAGGCAAUGAACAUUCAAAUCGACACCUCAUGAAUAAUCUCAGUAAUGAUUACCUGAAUCAAACAAGAGAAUUCAAAAAUUAUGAAGAAAAUAAUAUUGUUCCAAACAGCAAAAUAAUAAACUCUUCUUUUAUCAAAGAUUGUCUCAUUGAUAUGGUACAAGCAGCAUAUGAAAAAGGGGAUGAGCAUUUUUUUGGGAGAAAAAAAGAAAUAAAAAGAAUAAUUGAAAUAUUAGGGAGAAAAAAAAAAUCGAAUCCAUUGUUAAUUGGAGAAAGUGGGGUCGGAAAAACAGCCAUUAUUGAACAUUUGUCAUAUUUAAUUUUAAAAGAUAAAGUACCAUACCAUUUACGAAAUUGUAGAAUCUAUCAACUUAAUGUUGGUAAUAUUGUAGCUGGAACCAAAUAUAGAGGAGAAUUUGAAGAAAAAAUGAAAUAUUUAUUAAACAACAUGAACAAAAAAAAAAAAAAUAUUCUCUUUAUAGACGAAAUUCAUGUAAUUGUUGGUGCAGGAAGUGGAGAGGGAUCAUUAGAUGCAUCCAACCUAUUGAAACCUUUUCUUUCUUCAGACAAUUUACAGUGUAUAGGGACAACAACAUUUCAAGAAUAUUCGAAAUAUAUCGAAUCGGAUAAAGCUCUUAGAAGAAGAUUUAAUUGUGUUCCUGUACAACCAUUCACAUCUAAAGAAACUCUCUUAUUAUUAAAAAAAAUUAAAUAUAACUAUGAAAAGUAUCACAACAUUUAUUACACGAAUGAUUCCCUAAAGUCAAUUGUUCUCCUAACGGAAGAUUACCUUCCCACUGCAAAUUUUCCAGACAAAGCUAUUGAUAUAUUGGAUGAAGCUGGUGCUUAUCAAAAAAUUAGAUAUGAAAUAUUUAUGCGUCAAAAGUUGAGAAAUGAGAGUCUUCGUAAGGCGGGAAAAGUCGGAGCUGAUAUGGAUGAAACUAAAGCUGGGAACGUAAAACCUGAUAGUGAUAAGUUAAGUAAAAAUGAACUGGAUAGAGGAAUGCCGAAUGAUGAACCUACUUCCAGUGAAAUAUUAAACAAAGAAUCCAACGAAAAUUUCGAGGCCGAAAAUUAUAUCGAAAAUAUGCACAUGAAGUAUGUGACAUCAGAUGUUAUUGAAGACAUUGUGAGUAAGAAGUCAUCUAUUUCUUACAUCAAAAAAAACAAAAAAGAAGAGGAAAAAAUAAUGAAAUUGAAGGAGAAAUUAAACAAAGUAAUAAUAGGACAAGAAAAAGUAAUCGAUGUAUUAUCCAAGUAUUUAUUUAAAGCCAUUACAAAUAUAAAGGAUCCGAAUAAACCCAUUGGUACACUACUACUAUGUGGGUCAUCCGGUGUUGGAAAAACAUUAUGUGCUCAAGUCAUAUCAAAAUAUUUAUUUAAUGAAGACAAUUUAAUUGUAAUAAAUAUGAAUGAAUAUAUAGAUAAGCAUUCAGUAAGUAAGUUAUUUGGCAGCUACCCAGGUUAUGUAGGUUACAAAGAAGGUGGAGAAUUAACAGAAAGUGUAAAGAAAAAGCCAUUUUCUAUCAUCCUUUUUGAUGAAAUUGAAAAGGCACACAGUGAAGUUUUACAUGUUCUUCUCCAAAUAUUGGAUAAUGGAAUUUUAACAGAUUCCAAAGGAAAUAAAGUUUCAUUUAAAAAUACCUUUAUCUUUAUGACAACGAAUAUAGGAUCAGAUAUAAUUACUGACUAUUUCAAGUUGUAUAAUAAAAAUUAUUCAAAUUUAGGUUUCAGAUAUUACCUCAAAAAAAGGAAAAAAGGGGAAGAAGCAAAUCUCGCCCCUUCCUCCAUAGGGGAAAAUCAACAAAACUUUGAAAAAAUUACAAAUGAUAAAAUGAACGAAAGUAAUGUUGAUUUAAGUUCUACCAAUUCUACCACUAAGGCGAAAGAUUACAAAACUUACCAGGUAGAGAACCCCGUGAAUCUACCAUAUAACCGAUCGAGUGAUAGUUACGAAAUUUUUGAAGAAAAACUACGAACUAAUAAGUGGUAUGAUGAAUUACAACCAGAAAUAGAAGAAGAACUGAAAAAGAAAUUUUUACCAGAAUUUUUGAACAGAAUAGAUGAAAAAAUAAUUUUCCGACAAUUUCUCAAAAGAGAUGUUAUUAACAUUUUCGAAAAUAUGACUGGAGAUUUGAAAAAAAGAAUUAAAAAAAGGAAAAAUCUCAAUCUAGUUAUUGAUAAAGAAGUAAUUAACUAUAUUUGUAGUGAUGAUAAUAAUAUAUACGAUAUGAAUUUUGGUGCUAGAUCAAUUAGAAGAGCUUUAUAUAAAUACCUAGAAGAUCCAAUUGCUUCAUUCUUAAUUUCGAAUUUAUACGAACCAAAUGACACCAUUCACAUAACACUAUCAAAUGAUAAUCAAAUAAAUGUACAUUUGCUGAAGACUUCCAUUCAGCAACUUGUUUCCUAA